UCUUGCUGAAAUCGAAAUUAAAUCAGUCAGACACUUGUUGUCGGACACAUCAGACGAGAAGGAAGUUCUGAAAAGCUUUGGUUUUGUCCUACAUGUUGGAUGUCGUCUAAAUUUAACACGAAUAGUAUCUAAAAUAUGUAAAAACUUUUUUAGAUCAUUAGAAAAGUAUUAAAUCUUUUUCGGUGUCAUACAAAUUUUUAAUUCGAGGCUGAAAGUGUUUGCCAAAGUGUCAAUUAUAAAAUCGUGUAUGUUUUCAAUAUUUAAUUUGUCUUUAUAGUACCGAAUUAACAUAGUGCAAGACAUCCAUCUUCAAAUCUGAGCUAAAUUCUUAACAUUUUUAGUGGUGUAACACAGUGAUAGAUAUUUUCGAAUACCGGCUAACCUUCGCGGUUGUAUUGCAACCCAUUGAAUUAAUCAUUCACGAGACUUAAACGUGAGUGCUGUAAGCGAGUACAACACGGUGAAGCUUGUACGACUGAUUGCUUAACAUUAUUGCCGUGGCACUUGUCUGAAAGAAUCCACCAAAAUGACAACAUCAAAAGAAAAACAGCUAGAAGCAUCCUCAAAUGGGUCGACACAACAACAAAAUCCUGUUGAACGAUAUAAAGCCAUUGACCAUGAACUCGGUAUCAAAAUCGACCCCAAAGAUCAAGCCAGAAGGGAGUCCCUUGUUGAAGCUGUCACACAUGGUAUUACCACCAGCCAUCCAACAUCCUAUGGGGAAACAAUGAUGCAUCUUUUCAAAGGCAACAUUGGUACUGGGAUGUUUGCAUUGGGAGAUGCUUUCAAGAAUGCUGGUGUGAUUACCGCCCCAAUAUUGACUUUCGCAUUAGCCGUGGUCAGUGUGCAUUGCCAGCAUGUACUUUUAACUUGCUCGAGGAAAAUGCAAGAGGCGAAUAAAAUCAAUUUCUUGCCAGAUUUUGCUGAAACAGUAGAAUUGUGCUUCCAAAAUGGUCCGCCUAAAUUACGGAGUUGGGCUCCUUGGAUGAAGACAGUGGUUAACAUAUUUAUAUGUGUUACACAGUUGGGUUUCUGCUGUAUAUACUUCGUAUUUAUUUCCACGAACUUGAAGCAGGUUCUCGAUUAUUACGAUUUGAACAUAGACGUCCAAAUAGUAAUGGUUAUAGCAUUUUUACCAAUUUUACUUCCUUCGCUUAUAACAAACCUUAAAUACCUCGCUCCAAUAUCAGCAUUAGCUAAUGUAUUUCUAGCUAUAGGAGUUGUCAUCACAAUGUAUUAUGCUUUCAAGGAUGGCCUGCCAAGUCCUUCUGAACGGGCAUAUUACACUCCCUGGAAUCAAUUAGCUCUAUUCUUUGGAACAGCCAUAUUUGCAUUCGAAGGCAUUGCGUUGGUGCUACCACUAAAAAAUGCUAUGCGGGAACCAAAUAAAUUUGAUCGUCCUUUGGGAGUGUUAAACGUGGGAAUGUCCUUUGUCGUUACCCUCUUUAUUUUCGUUGGUUUUUUCGGAUAUUUGAAAUGGGGAGAAAAUGUUUGCGGUAGUUUAACACUGAACUUGGAUGUUGACGAUUGGCUUGCUCGAUUAGUUAAAAUAGCAGUAUCAUUGGGAGUGCUUUUCGGAUAUCCACUGCAAUUCUUUGUAGCUAUCCAAAUCACCUGGCCGUCUGUUUCCAAGGCAAUCAGAGGGCACAAGCAUCCAGUAUUAAAACAAAUGAUUUUUAGAACAGUGAUGGUUCUUCUUACAUUUGCCAUUGCCGAAUUAGUUCCAAAAUUGAACCUAUUUAUUUCAAUGAUUGGUGCUGUUUGCUCAACUGCCUUAGCUCUUGUCUUCCCACCUGUGAUUGAGAUGAUUUUAUCAUGGGGAAAUAUUUCUAAAGGUCCUAAUGGUUGGAUGUUACUGAAAAAUACAUGCAUACUUUUGGUAGCAUUAUUGGGUUUCAGCACUGGCGGCUUUGAAAGUAUAUCAUCCCUUGUUAAUGAACUUGUUUUCGACACAGCAAGUAAUUCAACUUGUGAAGCAGCCAGUUAACUAGCUCCUUCUUCUGUGAAUUAUAUAUAACAAAUUUUAAAGUAUCUGAAAUGAUACCUAGUAAUAAGACGAAUGACGUGAUACGUGAUCUUAGAAUUUAAAAUAAAUAUGUUUUUAUAAGUUUGUUAUUAUGUAAAUAUAUUGAAAAGUAUUCUAGUAUCACUAAUAUUAUUUUAACAUUAAAUGUAAGUUGAUUAUAUUUAAUUGAUUUAUCAAUUAAGAAUUUUUUGUAUUACCUGCAAAAUAAAUAAUUAAAAUAAAAUCUUAGCAGAACUACACCUC